GCGUUCACAACUUCCUGGCAAAAAAAAGUGACGUUCCGUAUCGAGCUGUAAAUAUUUCGACAGAACGUGGGGAUUUUGCCCAGAAGAUCACUGUAACGUUGCCUCGUAUUAUCGUGCGUAAUUGGCGAGAGCGUAUGAUUUACAACGUGCAGGUGUCAGCCAACUGAGACACAAGAUUACAGCUGUUGAGAUGGAGGUGGCAAAUGCGGAAAACGGAGCAAGAGCUCGCAGAGUGGUGCGGGUCACAAGAGUGGAGUCUUUCUGUGCAGCUCAUCGCCUCCACAGUAAUUCCUUGAGUGCUGAAGAGAACAAGAGAAUUUUUGGACAAUGCAACAAUCCAAAUGGUCAUGGUCAUAACUACAAAGUGGAAGUUACUGUAUGUGGUGAGGUCAAUCCUAUCACUGGUAUGGUGAUUAAUAUCACAGAACUGAAGGAACACUUGCAGGAAGUCAUUAUAAAGCAGCUUGACCACAAAAACUUGGACAAAGAUGUUCCAUACUUUGCUAAUGUUGUUAGUACCACUGAAAACAUAGCCAUCUACAUCUGGGAAAACCUACAAAGACGCCUUCCACCAAGUCUACUCGAUGAAGUGAAGGUGUAUGAAACCAAAAAGAACAUUGUUGUGUACCGUGGAGAAUAAGGAAAAUCCUGACGAAGGGUCUCGGCCUGAAACGUCGACUGCACCUCUUCCUAUAGAUGCUGCCUGGCCUGCUGCGUUCACCAGCAACUUUGAUGUGUGUUGGUUGAAGGAAAAUCCUCGUUGUGAUUUGAUAAUGUUCUUGUCAUACAGUGAUCUUGUGACGCAGAAUUUAACCCCAGCAAAGACUCUGCAUUAUACCUUUAUUAACUUAUGUUGACUUCUGUAGAAAUUUACUAAGAUUAGGAAUGAGAACCCCAAAACGUUCCGCAGUCCAUGUUGACAUCCAGUUGUUGCUGAAGAGACGCUAGAGUUUCUGCAUCUACUGCCUUCCCUGAAAUUUAAUUCCAUUUGUUCACUCUUUGGCUGAAGAGGAAUUUUAUGACAUUUGAAUUUAUAUCUAUUUGCCCUACACUUGCUACUUAAUUUAAAGUAAUUGGGUUUAUGAUCAUUCUUUGUUUAGUUAAGCAGUAACAAAACAAGUUGGUUGUUACUUGAAGCACUGUAAUCUCAGCAUUGCAAAAGGGGGAAAAGAAGGCAGAAACUAUGAAAUUGGAUUUCUGCCGUAAAUGACAAUGUUAUUUUCAAGCUGUGAAUGGUGAAUGGUUACAAAGAACUGCAAACUAAAUCUACUUUUCAUGAAGCUAUUUCUGUAUAUUGAAAUCAAUGCUGUAGCAGUUGCUGAAAGCCACUCAAUCAUGAUAUUAACGGAACCAAAGAAAUCAGAAGUAGCAAAAAGUAAUGUGGCGGAAAUUUCUUCUACACAGCGAAAAAAAAUGCAUAUCAAAGCUGAGAGAAAAUGAAUUUACAAAGCAUUAACUGACAGUCUAAAGUAAAAUUAUAUGGCUGUUCAAAGUAAAUUUUUGUUAUCAAAGUACAUAUAUGUCGACAUAUACAACUCCCAGAUUCUUUUUGUUGUGGGCAUACUCAGUAAAUCUAUAGAAUAAUAACCAUAAGAAAAUCAAUGAAAGGCCGUCCAAGUGGGUCAUUGAACCAGAGUGCAGUUUACAACAAGUUCUACAAAUACAAAAAGUAAUAAUAAUAAUAAUAAUAUAUAAACAAACAAUAAAUAGAGAAAAUGAGAGGAGGAAUCCUUGAAAGUGAGUCUAUUGGUUGUGGGACCAUUUCAAUGAUGGGGCAAAUGAAGUUGAGUGAAGUUAUCUCCCAUAAUGAACUGGGGCCAUAUCCACUCCUUUUUGCGGGAUUUCCCGUUCAAAGGCAUUGGUAUUUCCAUACCAGGCUGUGAUGCAGCCAGUCAGUAUACUCUCCACUACACACCUGUAGAAGUUUGUUGAAGUUUUAGAUAUUAUGCCAAAACUUUUUAAAAAUUGAUGAGGAUUUCUUAAUGCUGCUUUUUGUCCGCUAUCAUCUUAUAAUGUACAAAAUUCAGAUUAAAGAGAAUCCUAUCAAUCUGUUUUUCUUCUGUUUAUGUAGUCCAUUAUAAACAACG